AUGCCGUCUGGCGGUCUCGACGGGAACGGGCGACGCCGGUCGAGCACGUCGAGCUCUCGCCUCGGCGAGGGAACCGACUCGUCCUUCGCCUCUCCCAUCUCUCGCCUCCCAUUCGAGCUCGUCCAUGCCAUCGUCCGACUCGCCUCGACGCCCGACACGAAGCCCCAGCACGGCGGAACCGUCCGGUCGUGGCACUCAUACGAAGCCGCAGCUCCCUUCGCCCUCGUCUGCAAGAGCUGGCGACAACCGGCGCAAGCCGUCUUGUACUCGUCCGUUGCGCUCGUAGGCGCUCGACGAGCUCGAAGGUUCGCCGACGCACUCGCUUCGAGCGAGACGGCCGCCCAACUCGCCCGCACGACGACCGCCUACCUCGUCCUAGGACUGGAUCGGGACGUUGAGCAUUCGCACGAUGCGUCUCGCGGACAACUCGAGAUAUCCGAGCUCCUGACGGAGGCGGUGCAAGCGUGUCCCGCCGCCGUGCACCUACACAUCCGACCUCUCCACCAAGACGUCCGAGCGCGUCUCUUACCUGCCGUCGUCGACCCAAAACGCGCGCUCGUCACAUGUAUCCUCAGUCCACGGAUCAUGGCGGCUGUACACUGGUCGGGCGAGUUGUGGCGGCUGGAGGACGCGGCUCGACUCGCGCCGACGUUGCAGAACCUCGAACAGACGGCUCUCAUGGCGCCGCUCACUCCGCCCGACGAAGGCAACAUCAGUCCGCCUCCGCCGACGUUUGGCGCGCUGUCGCUCCGGCGGGUGAAGGUGCACUACGGCUAUCCGGCAACGGUCCUCGUCGCAGCCUUCUCGCAAAGUCCGGACAUCGAGCUCCUCGACCUCUACUUCGAGUCUGCCAAGCCGGUCGACAAGAUGCGCGAGGCGUUCGCAGCGUCGGCAAAGUCGUUGCGGCACGUGCGAUACAUCUGCAACCCCGCCUCGCCUGAUUCUGACAACGACACCGACUCGAUCAACUCGGCCUCGGAAGACGGCGAACGCGCUCCGCUCUUCGACCUCGUCCUCCCCUCCCUCACGCGCCUCGAAACCCUCCGAGUCUCAGCAACCGAGAUCUCUCACGCCGCGCUGCUCCACCUCCCGCUUACCUUGCGUCGACUCACGAUAAAGUCCUACAACGUCGGCUCGCGCUUCACUCGGCCUGGACUUGUCGAGUUCCUCCAGCGAGACGACCUCGCCUUUCCAGACUCGUUCACCGACCUCGUCGUAGUCGACACGCCAGAGCAGUGGCACUCAGCUGCGGUAGCCGAGAUCAUGGACGAAUGCGCGAAGCGAGGCGUGCGAUUCGUCUUUCGCAACGAUUUCGAGCAAGAGGGCGAGGAUGAGAGCGGGACUGAGUUCUCGAGUCGCAAGUCGUUCGAGGAGGGCGGCAUGGCGAUGCCGGCGUCGUCGCAGUCGGUAUGA